GUACUUGCCGCUUGCUUUCCGUUAUAACCUAAACAAUUGACCGCCAAGUAGGGAAAUAUAACAAUUUAACCCAAUAAUUUAAUAUAUAAUGCUAUAAUCCUUAGUACCUAAUCAGUAACAGUUCUAUUGUGCUAUAAUUCAUCGUUUAUCAUGGAGUUCUUGGAGGCAAUGCCAGUUACCUUCAAGGAAAUUACUCCAAACUAUAACUUACCUGAAAAAUGGAAAGAAAUUGUGUUGAACACAGGCGGAACCCACAGCACUUUGCAAGACAUCAAAUUGCCACAAAAAGCUGGUGGCUACUGGUACAAAGAUUCCAAGAAGAUUUGUACUCGUAAUAGAUUUAUCUAUUGGCAAACAACAUCAGAUGCAAUAGAGUUGUCUGAGGCGUCUCUAGACAUUAAUCUAACAUCUUGCAAUUUGCGAUGUAAAGUAGCUCCAGGCACUCCUCCAUUGAGCAAUAUUACUGUGUACGAGAGAAGUGCCUCUCGAGAUGUAGUUAUACUGGCUGCCACUGUUUCUUCUGUACACAGACUCAUAUUUCCCCAUCCUGGAACCUUAGAUAAAAAGUCUUCAUUUGGAUCUCUGAGCAGUUCAUCACCAUCAAUAUUUCAUGAUACAACUUCUGUAAAUAACCCAAACAACUAUUGCAUUCUCAGUCAGUAUUCUAAUGCAACUACAGGUGUUGCUCACACUUGUGCAUCCUUAUUACGUGAUAAUGGUGAAGCUGUGUUUGCCCUGGCUUUUGGCCAUGGAGGAGAAGGUGGUUUAUUGCUUGUCAAACUGCCAGUGACUGGGUCAGCAGUCACAACAGUUUUGAAACGGGAAUCUACUGUGCCAAGAUUCCUGUCUGGUAUCACAGGAGCUUUGAGGGGCAAGAGUACCUCAGAUGGUGUAGAAACAUAUGGAGUGGUACUCACUAGUGGAUUAGCAGUGGCAAUAUGUGGCGACGCCUGCCUUCGCGCAUGGCCAUUGGAUGAGGGUGGGGCGCCUAUUGCCGUGUCCACACCUCUUUCACAAACAUUAGUCAGACCAAAACCUCCUCCUCAUGGCCACAUGUUACAAAAAACUGUUGGAUCGGAUGGAAGUGUCAUAUUGGUGGCAUACUUAUCAUUUCCUAAUGAAUGUGAGUUUGUUGUCAUGAGAAUGCACGAUGGAGGUUCUGGAGGUGUGAGGUUCUCUCACAUUAGUCGCAUUUUUGGGCCUCAGUUAGAUCUUCUUGAUUAUGCUAUUGGUUAUGGAGAUGGAAGCAAUGUCAUUUGGGCUCUCUGGAGUCAACCGGACGGCGAUACUAUAAUAACUAGUGUGUUAGUGGGUGCGGAGGCGUCGUGGCGCGCGGUGGCCGGGCGCGAGGCGGCGGCCGCGCUGCCGACGCUGAGCUCCAACCAACAGUACCGCGACCGACUCAUGGCGCCCGGACUCUUCCCUUCCGCCGUCAUCAGGAAAGCACUUGUGAUCUACAACCGCACAUGGGGCGGUACGGACUCGAGCGGUGAGAGUGAUCUGGGCGACGCCGCUAUGAAUGCAGUGCAAUCUCGUCUCCGACACCUCGCUGCAAGGACGGCCACACCAGACCAUGCACACCUUAUGCACAAAUGCUGGUCGGACUUGUACAGCUGGUGUUUACAGUAUAUGGAGAGUUUGCAAAAGCCACUUGGACUGAUGGUUUCAAAAGAAGACUCUGACGUGGAAUGCGGCUGGUGGUGCGCUGUGGUCCGCCGCGCUGGGAUAUCGCUAAUCUGUGAACUAGAACCACUUGAAAGAAUGAUGCUGUCACCAGACGUACCUCUGCUAGAUGGAAAUGAGCGGUGGUGGGGCGAGCUGUCGUGCGACGCGGCGCGCGUGGUGGCGGCGGGCGCGCGCUGGGAGCGCGGCGCGGAGGGCGCGGCCGCGGACCUCGAGCGCAGGCUCUUCGCCGCCGCCGCGCCGCAGCACCGCCUGCUGCCGCGCCUGCUGCAUCUACUGCUCGCGCCGCAGACAUCCUCCGAACAAGAUGCGACCGCGCUGACAUUAACACCACAGCAGAUAGAUGACCUCACUUCCAUUUUAGAGCCAAUCAAAGACUUACAAAGUGCAGUGCUCGAACUAAAUGAUGCUCUUAGGUUGGAUGUGCCUGAAAUUGAUACAACUAAAAAUGAUGAUGAAGAUUCAGGUGAAUAUGAUGGUCUGUUGGCCAGUGACCUCGGUGUUGCUAUAGUCACGGAGGCUAUACGACAAAUGGCUGAGAUGAGAUGCCGCGUGGUGCGCGGCGCGCUGUGUGCGCUGGGCGCGUGGCGCGGCGCGGGCGGCGUGCCGGGCGCCGGCCACUGCGCCGUGCACUGGCAGGCCUACCGCGCGCUGCUGUGGCUGCGGGCCGCCGCGCUCUCGCCGCAGGCGGCGGGAUCAUCGGAAACAUUCCGUCUGAAACUAAGCGCCCUGGGGGCUGAAGCGCGCAGCGUGAGUGGUGGCGGCGCGGUGGUGUGGAGCUACGUGCGCGGCGCGGGGGCCCGGCGCGCGCGGGCCCACCUGCGGGCCGCGCGGGCCCCCACGCCCUGGCACCAGGCCCUGCCGCUACUCGCGUACCAUCUCGCACAUCAACUGUAUCCUUUCAUCUACAUUCCAAUUGUUAAAAGAACUUCAAAUAUUUCCUUAAUAAUAAAUGAAAUCAGCUGGGCUGUAAGUGGAGGCUUCGAGUUCAGUUGGUGGCUGGCCACCAUCGACCAGCCUCGCUUGGUACAGAGCUACGUCAACAUGCUGGAGCCUUGGUGCGAAUGGAAUGCCUGCUCUCGUCAAUUCAUCCUGGGCUUGGCUCUGCUAGACCUGGAUGACGCAGAGAAUGCGUACACAGCAUUCUGUAAAGCAGCUAAGGGAGUGAGUACGGAGCCCUUCCUGCGACAACUGGUAGCGGCACCCGACGCACGACUCACGCAACAUCAAGCACUCGUUCUGUAUUAUAUGAAGGUUAUAAAACUGUUCGAGAUCCACGACGCAGGAGCGUGUGUUGUCCGUCUUGCAGAGACUGCCAUCAGCAUUGCUGAUAAAGAUGAUCCUAACUUGGCGAUGUUCCAGUGGGUGGUGUUCAAGUGGCACCUGUCGGGCGGGCGCACGGCGCGCGCGCUCACGGCCGCCGCCGCCAGCCCCGCGCCCACCGCGCGACACGCCGCCGCCGCCGCGCUGCUCACCACGCUCGCAUCUCGUCGCGAGUUGGGUGCACUAGUGUCGUGCUCGGCCCUGGCCGGGGACGCAGAGCGCGCCGCGGCCGCCCGCGCCAAGCUGCACGAUGCGCACGCGCACAACCCGUACUACGACUUCUUGUAUGCGCUGCAUAUCUCACGACAUCAUUAUAGAAAAGCGGCGGGAGUGAUGUACGAGCGCGCAGCGCGGUGCGGCGCGGAGCGGUCGGUGUCGGCGGCGCGCGUGCGGCGGCGCUGUCUGGCCGCCGCGCUCACCUGUCUCAGGCUCGCGCAGCCCGACCACGCCUUCCUGGCCAGGCCCGCCGAGUCGGGCAAACUGCUGCAGGUUAUCGGCCCGGAAGAAUUGGCCGCCGAGCUUCGAGAAGAAGACACCGAGUCUUUGGAUCCUGUGCAGCAAGCGUUACUCCGAGGCGAUAACAUCGACUUUGACAUGUUGUACCCAAAACUGAAAGACGCCGAUCCAGAAACCCUGCUGUCAGUAUUAAAGAGAGCUAUAAGUACUGGCCAAUUCCUACCGCACUGGUUCCUACAAAGAUACAUGGAGGUGGACGGUGCAGGCUGUGUGCGCGCGUUACUCAGCGGCGGGCGCGCGGCGGAGGCGGGCACGCAGUGCUGCGCGGCACUGCGGCGCGCGCUGCACGUGCUCGUGCCGCGAUGUCCCGCAGCCCCGCGCGCCGCGCCUCUCGCGCUGGCGGACCUACUACUCGCAGAGCUCGGACAUCAUACUGGAGACCCGUUCGUACAACAGGUUUACAAUGAGUUAGAUGGUCUGGUUAAAGAAUACACUAAAGUUGUUAUAAGAAUUUCCGACGAUAUGAAACUGGCGCGAAUGGAGCAUGCAGUCAAUUAGUGUAAUGGUUAUGUAUUCAAUAAAACACAUUCUUUUUACGAGACUUGUUUUAUUAAUAAAAAAUAAAUAAAAACGUUCUAAUCCGUCACCUCCUUUAAAACCAACUUAACAAAUAUCUUACACCAUUGUAUAUUAUUUACUGAUCACAAAUUAAGGUAACAACACAUCUAGACCUAAAUAUACAGAAUGUCACAGACUUUGUAUUUUUCUAAGAAGAUUCGCUAAAUGCCUUUAUAUUAUCGAAAAUCCAUUCACAUAAGCAUUAAAGCAAUGGUGGUAUGUAACGCAAUGCCAUAGGUACGUACGUCAUUGAAAUCAUCGGCAACAAAGUUAAAUAUAAUGAGCAAAUACUAAAUAACCUCUAAAAGCUUUGUUGUCUUUUCUUGUUCACACAGUUUAUUCAAAAUAAAUAUUUUAGCUUCAUGGGAAUCUUUCUGUAGAUCCAAUUUACAAACAUAAUCCGGAAUAUAUAUCGGUCUUACUAGUAGGUACAUUGUUAGACGAAUUACCAUUACAGUCAGAACGACAUCAAGGGCUAAAAUAUUUUUAAACAAGAUAGAUUUCACUCGAAAGAACCUUAUUCAUAGUUUAGUCCUUCCGCGUGGAGUAUACACGGUGGAGUGUGAUCAGUGUAAAAAUUAGCUACAUUCAAUACAUAUAUUACAAGACAAUUAUUAUUUUCUUUGGCUAGAUCAAAACUUUAUAAGUUGUUCAAGAUAACAAUACCUUAACUACUCGCCGGUUUUCGUUUAAAAUGUAACAUGAAACGUAGUGUCAUUAUUUAGUUAGAGAGCUCUGAUACUUUUUGCGCAGUUCACAAAAUGGAAAUGCGCGUUGUUCUUCUCAAGGAAACUAGGAGCUAUUUAAAUUAUUUGCUACUUAAUUAUUGUUGAACUUGCAUUUAUAUUAUGUCGUAUUAAUACUAAAAUUUUCGUAGUAACCUCGACUUAACACACCCAUGUUAAUGCAGUCAAGGUUGCUUGUUCAAAGAAUUUAUACCCGAGGUACCUCCUCGCUAUCAUCUGUAGAUACAUUAGCACAUAGUGUGACCCUUUUACGUCACAUCACAUCUCCAAGUUUUUAUACCUACUGGUAUUUUUGCAAACAGUUUCAUCAUUUGGCACAUGUCUAACACAGAAGUAAUACGUACUUAUAUUAUUAUAAAUUAAUCAGUUUUCUUCAUACAGCAAUUUAUUGCUGUUGUCGUGUUUUUUCUUCAAGUUAGAUGUAAUUAAUUUGUUGAAUGCUGUAAUAUGCUAAUUAUGAGAUUCUAUUAAGUAGUAUUUAUUUUUUUACUUUGCGCUGGUACAUCUCUUCGUACCUACUCAUAUUUAUUGCUAUUAUUUUUUUAUUUUAAUGAUUGACCUUGUUAUAUGCGUUUUUAAAUCCCAUAAUAAACAGUGAUUUUGAUCAAGAUGCGACCUUGUCUUUUCGUAACUUUGCAACACACCAACAAAACAGGUUUUAUGUAGCUUGAUGUAUGUAUCAAUGUAGUAAACGCAAAUAAUGACGUAAUAAGUUCCUCGCUUCUAUGAACUUGGUUAGUCAACGUUUUAAUGCCUAGCCAUUCUGACUCUCAUUAUCGUUAGCACUAGUCGAACCAACUUUUCGUAAAUAAUAAACAUAAGAGCGGCUGUCAUGAUUGUUUGCAAUAAUUUAGCCUCUAACCCACGGAACGCCAAUAAGGGUUGCGAUUUCACAUCUCUAAAUAAAGGUUUUAAACUGGUGCCAGCACGAAGUUUUGAUUGUACCAAUUGUAAUGGAUAAGUUAAAGUUGUAGCUACCGCUUUUGCCACGGCGCCAACUAGAAAUGCAGAGAACGUAUCAAACAUGCCUCUAGCUAUUAGUUGCCUCUUUAGCGAUUCGUAAACCAUAAACUGAAUAGCUGGAUUAGAGACAAGUAAUAAAGAGGGUACUGUACCAGACCACAGACCUUUAGCUCCUUCCUUUUUGUAGAGGUCUAUUAACCCUUCGGUUAGGCUGUUGUAGGUUGAAGUUUGUAACUUCAUUCGGGUAUUAACAACCCAUAAUGGCGAAGUUAGAAGAACGUUUAUACUUCCAGCGAUUAAUCCGAACAUCAAGUCUUUCAGGGCAGACGUUUCUUUUGUUGACACCCUACGUAAGCCAUGAAAUGUGUAGAAAUAUACAAAAUUAGACACUGACAGAGACUGCAAAACAGGUGCCAAUCCUCGGUAUAAGGACUCUAGCCCUUCUUCACUCGCUAAUUUUAAUAGCAGCUCCAAUGAUGAACCUUGUAGUUUCUUGGAAUCCUCAA